AUGCAGCAGCCCGCCCCGCCGUCGCUGCGCUCGCUGCUGUUGCUGCUGCUGGCGGCCGCUGCCAUCGCCUUCUUCACCAAGCGCCGCUUCUUCCUCGCCGCGCGUGCUGCGGCCCGCAAGCGCGCGUCCGGGACCGUGACCGUGGGCGUCUUCCACCCGUACGCCAAUGGCGGCGGCGGCGGCGAGCGCGUGCUCUACUGCGCGCUGCUGGCGCUCGUGCAGCGCUUCCAGCGCGCCGACAGGCGCGACGCCAAGCUGCAGAUCGCGCUGUACGCGGGCGACGACGGGCUCUCGGCCGCGCAGCUCGUGGCCCGCGCCGCGGACGCCUUCAACCUGCCGCAGCUCAACGCGCUGCACGUGGAGCGCUACGUGACGCUCGUGCCGCUGCCGAGCCGCGAGAUCCUCGAGCCGAGCCGCUACCCGAGCUUCACGCUGCUGUGGCAGAGCGUGGCGCACAUCCGCUUGGCCCUCGAGGCCUUCCAGCAGAGCAGGAGAGUGGGGAUCUACCCGCAGACGUGGGUGGACACCACCGGCUGCCCGUUCUCCUACGUGGUGGCCAGCCUGCUCUACGCCUGCCCGGUCGUGGCCUACGUGCACUACCCCAUGAUCUCCACCGACAUGAUCACCAAGGUGCAGCAGCGCGACGCGGGCUUCAACAAUGACGCGGCCAUCGCCGCCAGCUCGUCCAGGUCCACGGCCAAGUACAUUUACUACCGCCUGUUCGCAGGCGCCUACAGCCUCGUGGGCAAGUACUGCACCGACGUGGCCAUGGUCAACUCGACGUGGACCUACAACCACGUCAAGCAGCUCUGGGGCAAGGCGCCCACUAUCGUGUACCCGCCGUGCGGGGCCAUGCUCGAGUACAUGGACUUCAGUCUGGAAAACCGCGAGCUCAUCGCGCUCUCCGUGUCGCAGUUCCGGCCGGAGAAGAACCAGCUCUUGCAACUUCAAGCCUUCCAGGUGCUGCUGACCAAGUACGCGGAGCAGAUGAACUCCAAGUUCCACGACUUCCGGCUGGUGCUGCUGGGAAGCUGUCGCAACGCCGACGACGAAGCGCGCGUCGAGACGCUCAAGCAGCUGGCAAAGGAGCUGGGCGUUGCAGAUCGAGUGGACUUUGUGGUGAACGCGAGCUUUGCCGAGCUGAAGCGGUACCUGGCCAAGAGCUAUAUCGGUGUGCACACCAUGUACAACGAGCACUUCGGCAUCAGCAACGUGGAGAUGAUGGCGGCAGGGAUGCUCGUGGUCGCCAACAACUCCGGUGGCCCCAAGGCCGACAUCGUCAAGGCUGAGACGGGUUGUCUGGCGCUCACGGCCGACGAGUACGCGGACAAGAUGCUGUUGCUGCUGGAGAAGUCCCCGGCCGAGGCGGUGGAGAUGCGAUCGGCGGCGCGCAACUCGUCUCUGCGAUUUUCUGACGAGGAGUUUGGCGAGCAAUUUUUAGCGGCCAUGGACGGUGUGCUAGAUGCACUGGUGGACACCGCCUUCGCUGGCAAGGAGUGA